GGCAGGGAGAGCUUCCGGUGUGCCUCGGCUCUCGGCAGCUUGUUUGGAUGCUGCCGUCACAUCAUGGCGACGCGCGGAGCGGAGGCAGCGCGCGGAGGAGGCAGCAGUAGCGGUAGCAGCGGCACCAGUGGCAGCGGCAGCAGCUCGCAGGGACGCAGCCGGCGCCAGAGCCACAGCGGAGAGGAGGAGGGGGUGACGGUGACGGUAGCAGCGAGCGGCGGCCCGGAGUUGGUUGUUGGUGCAAUGGAAGAAGUUGUUUCUCAGGAGAUGGGAAUGAAUAACCAGGAUCAGCUGGUAAAGAGCAAGUGUGAUGAACUGUCUGACACACCACUGCAGCAUGGACAGUCCAACUGUUGUGGCCUGGAAAACACAGGUUCAUUGGAAGAAGCUGAGUGUAUCACAAAGAACAGAAAGCACCCGGGCUCCACAUGCUGUUCUCAAGAGUCUCGUGAGGAAACUCCUGGGAAAGAGGAAACCCGUACUGAUCCACCUGAUGGCCAGCAAGAUCCAGAGAGUGAAAAACACAAGGAGAAAACUUUGGGAAAAGAAGUAUUGUUAUUAAUGCAAGCCUUGAACACACUUUCUACACCAGAGGAAAAGCUGGCAGCUUUGUGCAAGAAGUAUGCUGAUCUGUUGGAGGAGAGUCGAAAUGUUCAAAAGCAGAUGAAGAUACUUCAGAAGAAGCAAGCACAAGUUGUGAAGGAGAAAGUCCACUUGCAGAGUGAGCAUAGCAAGGCCAUUUUGGCACGUAGCAAACUGGAAUCUCUCUGCCGGGAGCUUCAGCGUCAUAACAAGACUUUGAAGGAAGAAAACAUGCAGCAAGCACGUGAGGAAGAAGAAAGACGGAAAGAAGCAACUGCACACUUCCAGAUUACACUGAAUGAAAUUCAGGCUCAACUGGAACAGCAUGGUAUACAUAAUGCCAAGCUCCGCCAGGAAAAUAUUGAACUGGGGGAAAAACUGAAGAAACUCAUUGAGCAGUAUGCACUGCGAGAAGAGCAUAUUGAUAAAGUGUUCAAACAUAAAGAACUGCAGCAGCAACUUGUCGAUGCCAAACUUCAGCAAACUACCCAACUUAUUAAAGAAGCAGAGGAAAAACAUCAGCGAGAAAGGGAGUUUUUGCUAAAAGAAGCUACUGAGUCCAGACACAAAUGUGAACAGAUGAAGCAGCAGGAAGCUCAGCUGAAGCAGCAGCUUUCUCUUUACAUGGAUAAGUUUGAAGAAUUCCAGACCACCAUGGCAAAAAGUAAUGAACUCUUUACAACCUUCAGGCAAGAAAUGGAGAAGAUGACAAAGAAGAUUAAGAAACUGGAAAAGGAAACCAUAGUGUGGCGUACAAAAUGGGAAAACAACAACAAGGCUCUGCUGCAAAUGGCUGAAGAGAAAACAGUAAGAGAUAAAGAAUACAAGGGCUUUCAAAUAAAACUGGAGCGCUUGGAAAAGCUAUGCAGAGCUCUUCAGACAGAGAGGAAUGAGCUGAAUGAGAAGGUGGAAGUCCUGAAGGAGCAGGUUUCUCUCAGAGAAGCAGAUGUGGAUCUAGCUGUGCAGGUGUUGCAGUCCUGCACGCUCAAUUCCCACGAGGAGCUGGGAACUCCCACCGACACAGAACCAGGAAUCCAACCUGAUGUGGAAUCACUUGUGGCAAAUAAUUCUGCAAAGACUGUCUCAACAAGUCCUGUUCCUGGCACUGAAUCUGUAGACUAAAAUGAAGUGUAAACACUGUAUUGAGAGAUAUAUUUUGUGUAUAACUUUCUCCGUUGGUGGUAACUAUUUGGUUUUGUGGUGAAAAUUUUCUUACUUUUUCUACCAUAUCUGUAUUUUCUUAGAACUACUGGACUUACGUGGUACAGGAAGCUGCAUAGCAGCUUUAAAUAGCUUAAACUAUAAAUUUUCCACAACUGUGUUGCACAUCUGCCUCAUUUUUUUAAAAGAAAAUAUUUUUCCAUAGAAAGAUGCAUGUGCAUUUCCUCCCCACAACACAAAUCACUGUCAUGGAAGACUGUGUACAGAUAUAACAUCGUUCUGGGGAAAGUAGUGACAGCAGGUCACUUUUUGGUUUAAAUAAUAGCGUUCUGGUUUUGUUCAUUGAUUUGCCACUCAAUAUACUAAAGAAUACUGAUUUUUAUUUUUUUUUCCCAAUAAAUUUAUCUGCAUUAGGAUGUCUAAUGGCCAGUAAAAAAAUGUCAGCUUUCACCUGUAGUAUGUUUUCAUAUAUAUGAAUGAAAAACUAAAGGUCCAGGACAUAGUAAAAGAUGUUUAAAGGCUUUUACGUAAUUUGUGGUAUGAAAGAACAGCUUUGAAAUACGUCAAUUUGCAGCUGGUGAAACAGGGUGUACAACUAUGUGCAGACUUCUCAGGGUUGUGUUGUAAAGGCUGGUUUGGGCUAUUUGCUUUAUCUGUGAACGUAUUAAAUAUAAAUAGGUGGAAAAAAUGCACAGCAAUGUUACUGAGUGAGAUUUUGCCAUUGUGUAGCCUAUUCCAUGGGUGUUAGUUCAUGUUCUUCCCUCUUAGCUGCAGUGUGUCCAUCACAUGGUUAUCCUGACUUGAGGAAUCCAUUGCUGUCUAGACAAAACUCCGGAUUAUCUGAAAGGCUGGAAAAUAGACAUUUACUGCUGGAGGCACGGAAGACACGAGUCUGUAUCAGAUAGGCUUUCUCUGACAGCCUUGUAUGCAAUGUAUUUAAGUUAAGCGUGUACUGGUUAUAAUUGAACAGGUACAUUCAAAUACUUUUCUUGAAGUACAACAUGGAAUUUCUUGUAUGCUCAACCUCAAAGCUGUACCAGUUGGCAGAGUGCCUUCCCAGUUAGGUUAUCUGGUAGAAAUGCUACUUCAAGUUCUUACUCUUAACAUACCACAAGAGAAGCUCCCUUGUUAACCAUGAAAAAUUUCAUAGAAAAAUUGAUAGCCACAUUUUGACUUUUGUUCCUGAAAGAAACUAGGACCAACAUUUAACUUCUGGCAAGGCAAUGUGUGAAAUAACUGCAAGCUACCCGUAACUUUAGUUCCCGUGUAUUUACUUUUUAGUUUCGGUUGCUGUCAUUUUAGGAAAUAUGAACAUGUGUAGCCUUUUCUGGUACUUAAAGUUCUUUGCACUUACUUGGGAGAGGUUUUCUGAAUCCAGCACAUCUCUCAAUGAGCUUCCCACCCUCAUUGCCCAUGACCAUUUAGUGGCUAAAUUACUUGAAUGUUGAGGCUGCACUGAGCUCCUGAUCCUUUUGCUGUAGUAAUGUACAUUGAGAUAUUGUAGCUGUCUCUGAGAGAGUAAGGUUAUGUAAGGCCUAAUAGAUGUGUUUUAGCUCAUACCACUACGAGGAACUGUGCAAAACUGACACUUCUUAAAUGGUGGAGCAAAUGGGAAGCUGGCCAUCUUUCUUCUAGAUUUGUGCAAGGUUUGUGUUUGUGGUCUAAGCACAAUGCAGGAAUGAAAAGAAGGUAGCAGUGAGCAGUCAGUCACAUUAGACUAGGAGCUUUGAAAUGUUAAUCAUGCUAACCAUAUGGCAUAAAAAAAGACUGGAAAGAAGUAUUUCAGACUUGCUUUUUGAAUUACUUGCUUUACAGAAUCAGACUGUUUAAAAAAAAUAGUUGUGAGAACUGGUUUUCAGCUAACACUAAGCCUGAAGUAAUUUUCCUGAGGAAAAGUGAAAAACUUUGUAUCUGAUGCAUCAUACCCUUGGCAAGGUAGGACAUACAGUUUUCUAUUUUUACAAUCUAUUAUUUGAACAUUUGUAUCUUUAACAAUUCUUUCUAUAGUGCUUGUUCUAUAUGGAGGCAAGAGUGAUUUUUUUUUGCACCCUGCUGCAAGAAUAUUUUUAAAGGGCUUUUAGAGACACGACAGAUAAUAUAGAACAGCAAUACAAAUAUAUUUGUUAUUGACUUAAUAUGUGAAUGAAGCAGAACACCCCAAGUGAUGAAAGGCUUUUAAAAUGGGGAUACCCUUUUCUCUUUACUACCCUUAACAUACCCAUAUCAUAUCAACUUAUCUGGCCAAAGUGAGCUAUAUGUCGCUUCCUGAAACCAGUCAAUAGUUCCAUGCAUUGCUUUGAGAAUGUUGUUAAAAAAAUAAAUAAAAAUUAAAAAACACAAAUUCAUCUAAGGAUAAGCUCAGCACUCUAACUGAUCUGCCAUACAGCACUGCCAGUCUGCAGCGAAAUGGGCUCCAGUAGGGUUUUUAAGUAAACUGGUAUGAAUGCCUUUCUCCCACUACCAUAAACUGUUUAACCUGGGGUGUUAAACUGAUGUGACCAGAAGUAAGUAUGUCUAAUUGUCAAAACUCUGGGGCCCAAAUGACAGUUUCACCACAAUUAAGCUGCAGAAAGCUAAAUGGGAUGUGAUUCAAGACCCAAAUGUGUGUAUACGUACACAAGUAAGUUAGGGCUGUAUCUCUAAUGUUUUGUCCUUACUUUCAUUACACCUGGUUACGUUACAGUUCAAUUCUCAGGUGUUGCAGAAAAUCUACCUCUUUGGACUGUAGAUGGAAAUAACUGUGAAAAAAGUGAUGCAGAAAUCUAGUUUGUGCUAAACACACUGCUUUAUUUUUACAACCCAUGUCUGCUUUCAUGAGGAAAAAUGAUAAAUGAACAGGCAGUCUUUGUUUUGCUUUUCAAGAACAUUUUGUAGAGAUUUUUCACUAAUGUGAAUCUGAAAUUUUAUCUACUCAACUCUGUAUAGAUUAAGUAAAUAAGUAUGCUUAAUA